AUGGGUGAAGUCAGGGUGCAGCGUGCACAGAACCCCAGUCCAUCGCAGGACGAAGACAGUCCCACCUAUGGACAGUUUUCAGGACGGCCAGACUGGCGGCUGGCGCGAGACCGGAGCUGCGGUGUGGCACGUGGCGCCGCUGUCCGGUUCCAGCUGCUGGCUGAAGUGGGCAAAGGCAGCUACGGGAAAGUGUUCAAGGCCCGGGAGGUGGGCGGCGAACAGCGCCUCCUGGCGGUGAAGAAGUUCAACAUCCGCGGAGACACGUCCGAGACCGGGAUCCCCCCCUUCGUCCUCCGGGAGGUGGCGCUGCUGCGCAAGAUGCGGGAGUUCAACCACCCCAACAUCGUCAGACUGCUGGACACCUCCGUGGUUCAACUGGGCCGGAUUCUGGACCUCACCCUGGUGCUGGAGUACGUCGACCAGGACUUGUCCGCCUACAUCUCUAAAGCGCCCGCCUCCGGACUCGGCCGGGACGCCAUCAAGGACGUGACGCUGCAGCUGCUGCGGGGGCUGGACUUCCUCCACGCCAACCUGGUGCUGCACCGCGACCUGAAGCCCGAGAACGUGCUGGUCAGCAGCCGGGGGGAGGUCAAGAUCGCCGACUUCGGACUGGCUCGGAUCUACGGCUUCAACGUCGCUCUCACCCCAGGGGUGGUGACUCUGUGGUACCGGGCCCCGGAGGUGCUGCUGAACUCGGUUUACUCGUCCUCGGUGGACAUGUGGAGCGUCGGCUGCAUCUUCGCUGAGCUCUUCCUCCUGAGGCCGCUGUUCCGGGGAUACACCGAGAUCCAGCAGCUGCAGAGGAUCUUCGAGGUGAUCGGGUUGCCCAGCGAGGAGGACUGGCCCCGGGACAGCCCCGUCUCCUACUCGCCCUCCUGGGGGCCGAAGGCCAGCAACCUGCUGCCCAACCUGCUGCCAGACGAGAACGACCUGCUGUCUCAAUGCUUGGCGUUCAGACCCAGCCACCGCAUCUCCGCCGCCAACGCCCUGACCCAUCCCUUCUUCCUGAAGCUCUGAGGAUCGAAGAGGAGAAAAACGAAUCCGCUGCUGCGAGUCUCCAGCCUGCUCUCAGCCUCGUUAACCACAACAUUCCCUCCGCUUUCUUUUCUUUUCUUUUCUUUUUUUGUGACUGGCUUUGAGAACUUGUCGCCACCAUCAUGAGGUUUGAUGUUCUCAUCACUAAAACAGUCUUAAAGAGCGGCUGGUAUGGCACAAAAACCUUAUUGUUUGUUAAACAACUUUGUUGUGUUUGUGUCUGAUUUAAAAAGUGUGUAUUUCCAGUGUCCUGCAGUUAUCGUUGUUGGUUUCCUUUGAAUGUUGAGAUUGAGUUUUUCUGAAGGACUUGAAAAAAGAAACAACACUGAGC